AUGGAAGAUAUACUGACGAAAGCAGGGCCAACCAAUCUUUUUCGUUUCAUCGUUAAUCCUGCCAGCUUUGGGCAGUCUGUAGAAAAUUUGUACUAUAUGUCGUUCUUGAUCCGAGAUGGUUUGUGCGCUGUUCACACUUCUGUUGAUGGAGAGCCUAUCAUAUGUGAGUGCUCUGGGUAUUUCAGAUGA